GCGCAAUUGUAAACACAACAUGUGCUGCUGUUGUUUUUGUGUCGCAAGGAGAAGUAAUAUUUAUAAUUAUGUGAUUUUAUAAACAGAAAAAAAUCGAAAAGCCAAAUUUUAAGUCAAAAGGUUUAUUUUAUUUAGAGCAAACCAAUUAAACAAUAUGGCGAUAAUAAUAUUUUGCUGCAAAUAUUUUCAAUCACAUUUUUGUAUUUUCUAUUUAUUCUGCUUCCGGAAGUGAAGCGUGGGAAAGUAAAAAGGUUAACACGUGACCACGUGACCACGCGAAAGGUCCGAUCUUCGUUCUCCGGUCUUCUGGCGAAGUCGCUAACAGUUCGAUUCUACAUCUAAAUAAUAGAAUCACCAUCAAGACCGUCAAUCAAAACGAUAACAGAACGAUAACAGAUCAACGUCCCUCACACAAUCAGCGGUCGGGUUUCAGAGAGUUCGUUCUCCUGCAGAACAACAUCCUGUCCGAUGAGCUGAGCGUCCACCGGACCCGCCCAUGGACCUGACCCCGGACCCGACCACGUACCAGACCCUGGACCCGACCCAGGGUCCGGCCCAGCUACCCCGGGACGGAGGAGCCGGAGGCGGGGCCGCCUGGCUGGUGAGGAAGGCGCGGCUGGCGGUGGCGCUGGCGGUCAUCAAGUCCCGCCCCCCCGGGCUGAGUGGCAGGCAGCAGGCGGAGGCUCUGGCCUCGAAGAUGAGGAGCAGAGACGCCGGGCUGAGGAGCAGAGGCCAGGAGCUCCAGGAGGAGGUGCUGCGUCUGAGGCAGCAGCUGCUCCUCGCCAAGAUGGCCGCCCGGAGACGGGACGUGGGCGGAGCCUCAGGUGAGGAUGGUUACCUGCCCCAGGACCUGGGGGUCCCUGCUGAGGAGGAGGCCUCCAUGGUGGACUCGGACUCUGAGUCCCUCCUGCCCCACGUGGACCCGGUACAUCCCGUGGCCUCUGGGGGUCCACACACAGACCCUGUACCCCCUGCGGUCCCCGUGAACCCCCAGACCUUCUCCUCGGCACCCCCCAGGCGGUUCCCCCCGCCCCAGACCGCCUCUCCCCGGGGGGGGUCCAUGCAGGGCCACAUGCGGUUCCUCCAGAGCCUGUGUGGGCUCCGGCGGGCCGCGGACAGGGGGGGCGGUGGGGGGCCCGCCUGGUCCGGCCCCCAGCAGGAGGACUCUGCGGUGAUGGCCGAGUCCCUCAGCCAGCUGCUGGGCUCGGUGGUGGUGGCGGCGGCGGCGGCGUGUCCGGCGGACCCCCCCGCGCUGCCCUCGGGGGCCCUGGUCCUGGAGGCCUGCCGCGUGCUGGCCGGGGCCGCGGACGCCGGGGGUUUGAACCGGCAACCCUCGUUCGUGACGGAGGUGGAGGGGUCCCUGAAGGAGCUGGCGGGGCUUCUGCUCAGCGCGGAUCGACUCGGCAAGGGGGCUGUGAGCGGGGACCACCUGACGGAGGUCCUGGUCCUGCUGGGGGCGAGCCGCCUCCUCCGGCCCCUCCUCGUCCGCCGCCUCCUCUCCCUGCUUCGCGGCCUGGCCGAGCGGCUCUGUCACCUGUGCCAGGUGGAGGAACACCUGGAGCCGGAGGACGAGGUCCUCCACCUCCACGAGAACUCCUUCCACCUCUUCUGGCUCCUGGAGCGGCUGCUGCAGCCGGGGGUGGAGGGGGCCCCCCAAGACUACCAGGGGGCAGGGGCCCCCCAAGACUACCAGGGGCCCCAGGACUGUGGGGGGGCAGGGGCCCCCCAAGACUACCAGGGGGCAGGGGCCCCCCAAGACUACCAGGGGGCAGGGGCCCCCCAAGACUACCAGGGGGCAGGGGCCCCCCAGGACCAGGGACCCCAGGACUGUGGGGGAGCAGGGGCCCCCCAAGACUACCAGGGGGCAGGGGUCCCCCAGGAACAGGGGCCCCAGGAAUGCUUGGGGGCAGGGGUCCCCCAGGACCGUGGGGCCUUCCAGGGGCCCCAGGGAGGGACCGAGCUCCAGGGGCUCCAGGGAGGGACCGAGCUCCAGGGGCUCCAGGGAGGGACCGAGCUCCAGGGGCCCCAGGGAGGGACCGAGCUCCAGGGGCCCCAGGAACGCGAGGCCUUCUUGGGGCUCCUCGGCCACAGCGUCCUGCUGCUGUCCGAUGAGUUCCCGCUCUUUGCUCUCUACAUGUGGCGGAUCGGGGCCCUCCUGUCCUGGUCUUAG